UGCUACAAAAGGUCAAAGUUAAAUAAAUGAAAUGACAAGAGAAGCUUAUUAUUAUUGUUAAAUAUAUUAUUCUUAAUAGAGUGAGCAUUCAACAUGUGAAUGAGCUGUCUUUAGUUGUUUUUUGAAUAUACUGAGAGAUGCGGCAGACCAUAUAGUUUGUAAGACAGUUCCACCAUCAACCAUGAAAAUGAAAAUUAAUUUGGAUUUUAUGCUAUUUUAUGAGGAUACCACAACUUGGGUGAAACAUACCUUAAAGAGUGUUAUGUUGCCAUUUUAUAUUUUACAAGAAAUGUGAACUAAAUUGUAAUCACAAUAAUCUUUUUCCACCAAGGUCACUCUCAUAAAGAUUCAUCAAGGAAACAUAAAACAAAUGGACAUCGACAUCAUAAGGAUAAAGGUGAGUUGAAGAGGGGUGCCCUUUCUUUCAGAUUUCCUCUUGUUUCUAUCUCUCUCUAUCUUCAGGAUGCGGUGUUUUUUUACAUUAUAUGCAGAUUAAAGUUUAACCUCAAUGAUCUAUUUUUAUUUAGAUCAAUCUAGUAAGGAUUCAUCCAGUGAAGACACAUCAAGUGCUGACGAAACCAUUGUCGAAUGUGAAUGUCAAAUAGAUUCAUCCAGUGAAGAAACAACAAGUGUUGAGAGUCACAGUCAUAGCAGUCAAUCUAGUAAGGAUUCAUCCAGUGAAGAUAAAACUGACAGCAGUGAAGAAAAGACUAGCCGCACAACAACGUCUGCCCCAAGCACCACCACCACCUCUGCCACAAGCCCCACCACAACCUCCACCUCUGCUCCAAGCCCCACCACAACCUCAACCUCUGCUGCAAGCACCACCACAACCUCUGCCCCAAGCACCACCACAACUUCUGCUCCAAGCACCACCACAACCUCAACCUCUGCUCCAAGCCCCACCACAACCUCUGCCCCAAGCCCCACCACAACCUCUGCCCCAAUCACCACCACAACCUCUGCUCCAAGCACCACCACAACCUCUGCCCCAAGCCCCACCACAACCUCUGCUCCAAGCACCACAACAACCUCUGCUCCAAGCACCACCACAACUACAACCUCUGCUUCAAGCACCACCACAACCUCUGCCCCAAGCCCCACCUUAACCUCUGCUUCAAGCACCACCACAACCUCUGCCCCAAGCCCCACCACAACCUCUACUUCUGCUCCAAGCACCACCACAACCUCUGCUCCAAGCCCCACCACAACCUCAGCCCCAAGCACCACCACAACCUCUGCCCCAAGCCCCACCACAACCUCUGCUCCAAGCACCGCAACAACCUCUGCUCCAAGCACCACCACAACUACAACCUCUGCUUCAAGCACCACCACAACCUCUGCCCCAAGCCCCACCACAACCUCUACUUCUGCUCCAAGCACCACCACAACCUCUGCUCCAAGCCCCACCACAACCUCAGCCCCAAGCCCCACCACAACCUCUGCUCCAAGCACCACAACAACCUCUGCUCCAAGCACCACCACAACCACAACCUCUGCUCCAACCACCACCACAACCUCUGCCCCAAGCCCCACCUUAACCUCUGCUCCAAGCACCACCACAACCUCUGCCCCAAGCCCCACCACAACCUCUGCUCCAAUCACCACAACAACCUCUGCUCCAAGCACAACCUCUGCCCCAAGCCCUACCACAACCUCUGCCCCGAGCACCAUCACAACCUCUGCCCCAAGCCCCACCACAACCUCUGCUCCAAGCACCACAACAACCUCUGCUCCAAGCACCACCACAACCUCUGCUCCAAGCACCACCACAACCUCUGCCCCAAGCCCUACCACAACCUCUGCCCCAAGCACCACCACAACCUCUACUUCUGCUCCAAGCCCCACCACAACCUCAACCUCUGCUCCAACCACCACCACAACCUCUGCCCCUAGCCCCACCAGAACCUCUACCUCUGCUCCAAGCCCCACCACAACCACAACCUCUGCCCCAAGCACCACCACAACCUCUGCUCUAAACAUGACCAGAACCUCAGCCCCAAGCCCCACCACAACCUCUACCUCUGCUCCAAGCCCCACCUCAACCUCUGCUCCAAGCACCACUACAACCUCUGCCCCAAGCCCUACCACAACCUCUGCCCCAAGCCCCACCACAACCUCUGCCCCAAGCCCCACCACAACCUCGGCUCCAAGCACCACCACAACCUCUGCCCCAAGCCCUACCACAACAACUUCUGCUCCAAGCACCACCACAACCUCUACCCCAAGCCCUACCACAACCUCUGCCCCAAGCCCCACCACAACCUCUGCCCCAAGCCCCACCACAACCUCGGCUCCAAGCACCACAACAACCUCUGCCCCAAGCCCCACCACAACCUCUGUCCCAAGCCCCACCACAACGUCUGCCCCAAGCCCCACCACAACCUCGGCUCCAAGCACCACAACAACCUCUGCUCCAAGCACCACCACAACCUCUGCCCCAAGCCCUACCACAACAACCUCUGCUCCAAGCCCCACCACAACCUCGGCUCCAAGCACCACAACAACCUCUGCUCCAAGCACCACCACAACCUCAACCUCUGCUCCAAGCCCCACCACAACGUCUGCCCCAAGCCCCACCACAACCUCGGCUCCAAGCACCACAACAACCUCUGCUCCAAGCACCACCACAACCUCUGCCCCAAGCCCUACCACAACAACCUCUGCUCCAAGCCCCACCACAACCUCUGCCCCAAGCCCCACCACAACCUCGGCUCCAAGCACCACCACAACCUCUGCCCCAAGCCCUACCACAACAACCUCUGCUCCAAGCCCCACCACAACCUCUGCCCCAAGCCCUACCACAACCUCUGCUCCAAGCACCACCACAACCUCUGCCCCAAGCCCCACCACAACCUCUGCUCCAAGCACCACCACAACCUCUGCCCCAAGCCCUACCACAACCUCUGCCCCAAGCCCCACCACAACAACUUCUGCUCCAAGCACAACCACAACCUCUGCCCCAAGCCCUACCACAACAACUUCUGCUCCAAGCACAACCACAACCUCUGCCCCAAGCCCUACCACAACAACCUCUGCUCCAAGCCCCACCACAACCUCUGCCCCAAGCCCCACCACAACCUCGGCUCCAAGCACCACAACAACCUCUGCUCCAAGCACCACCACAACCUCUGCCCCAAGCCCUACCACAACAACCUCUGCUCCAAGCACCACCACAACCUCUGCCCCAAGCCCUACCACAACCUCUGCUCCAAGCACCACCACAACCUCUGCACCAAGCCCCACCACAACCUCUGCCCCAAGCCCUACCACAACAACUUCUGCUCCAAGCACAACCACAACCUCUGCCCCAAGCCCUACCACAACAACCUCUGCUCCAAGCACCACAACAACCUCUGCCCCAAGCCCUACCACAACAACCUCUGCUCCAAGCACCACCACAACCUCUGCCCCAAGCCCUACCACAACCUCUGCUCCAAGCACCACCACAACCUCUGCCCCAAGCACCACCACAACCUUAACCUCUACCCCAAGCCCCACCAAAACCUCUACCCCAAGCCCCACCACAACCUCGACCCCAAGCCCAACCACAACCACAACUUCUACCCCAAGCCCCACCACAACCACAACCUCUACCCCAAGCCCCACCACAACCUCAUCCAGUGAAGACAAAACUGAUGAUCACUCUGACAGUAAACCAACCAAAGACAACAAGAGUUCUGAAGAGUCUUCUGAGAGUGGUCAAUCUAAGAAGGAUUCAUCCAGCAAAGACAAUAAAAAUGCUGAAGACAAGAGUGGAAAAUGUCAUUCUGAAAAGGAUUCAUCCACCAAAGACAGUAAGAAUGCUGAAGAUAAGAGUGGCAACAGUGAGUAACAGAGCUCAAACUCUUCUUUUAUAUUUCCUUCCCUGUUCUCCAAUUUCUCUAAAGAAUGGCAUGUUGUAUUUCACAUGAAAGGCAGAAAAAAGUUUUA